CUUGUUCUCCUUGAGAUCACAUUUGGUGCAAGGUCUCUUUCACAAUAGAAAACCUUUAUUUAUUUCACGUAUCAUUACUGAACUUCUUAAGUAGCUCUUGCUCUUACACAUUUGUAGCAUUCAUCAAAGCUUAAUCUAUGGCUGCGAUUUCUGGCAACAAACCCCAUGUGUUGGCCGUGGCAAUCCCUGCCCAAGGCCAUGUGAAGCCGAUGAUGAGUCUAUGUCGCCAAAUAGCCAAACACGGCAUUAAGGUCACCCUUGUUAAUGCCCAAACUAUACAUAACAAAAUAGUUUCUUCAUCUGCUGCAGAGGAAGCUGAUUCCGACGGCAACUUUGUGAUGGAAACUGUGCCCGACGGGCUAACGCCGGACGACGAUCCCAACAGCCUCUAUAAGCUGCUUCAAACUCUCCCAAAGACGAUGCCGGAAACCUUACCGGAAUUGAUUGAGAGGAUCAAUGGUGAGAAUCCAAACGAGAAAAUCAGCUGUGUGAUAGCUGAUCUCUCGUUUGGGUGGGUUUUGGAGAUAGCGGAGAAAAUGGGAGCUCAAACUGUAGGCUUUUCACCCCCUUCCUUUGCGACCUUUGCCAUACUGCUUCACCUUCCUAACCUCAUUCAACAAGGAUAUAUUGAUGCAAACGGAUCACUCGAGAAUAAUAUUGAUAUGAUCAGGCUCUCCGACGAAAUACCAGGCUGGAGAAAUGAUGAGUUUCCAUGGAGCAUUCCCGGCGACCUCAAACAUCAAAAGCUCUUCUUUAACUGUGAACAAUCAUACAAAGCUGCUAAUAGAGCAAAGUGGUUGCUUUCCAACACUUGCUAUGAACUCGAACCCGCAGCCUGCGACUUACACCCAAAUAUGCUCCCCGUCGGGCCGCUGCAUUUAGUCGAGACGGCGAAGACUCAGGAGAAAUCUCGUUCCAAUUCCGGCAACUUUUACCCUCUGGAUACAUCCUGCUUGAUCUGGCUGGACACCAAACCCCCUGCCUCAGUGAUUUACGUUUCUUUCGGCAGCUUAGCAGUUUUCUCUCAGCAACAGCUAGAUGAACUGGCCCUCGGGCUCGAGCUUUCGGGCCGGGCUUUUCUGUGGGUUGUCAGGCGGGACCUUGCGAACGGGCUGCAGGCCGAGUUCCCAGACGGGUUUCUGGAGAGGGUGGCUAGGUUUGGGAAGAUCGUUGAGUGGGCGCCGCAGGAUGAAGUUCUCUCUCAUCCUGCUGUUGCGUGUUUUGUGUCUCACUGUGGAUGGAACUCGACUCUCGAAGGCGUCAGCAAAGGGCUGCCGUAUCUUUGCUGGCCUUAUUUUGCGGAUCAAGCCCAUGAUGAGAGUUACAUUUGUGAUAAGUGGGAGAUUGGGUUGAGAAUUGAUUGUGAUGAAAAUAGGAUUAGAUCCAGAUAUGAAAUCAAGAAGAAGAUCGACAUGGUUUUAUCUGAGAGUAGAUUUAAGGAAAAUGCAUUGAAACUCAAGGAAACGUGUGCCAAGAGUGUUAGUGAAGGGGGCUCGUCUUAUAAGAAUUUGAUGACAUUUAUCGAUCAUCUUAGAAAGUGAAGGAUAUAAAAUUGUUAGGCGUUGCCCAUGACAGAUUUAAUUUUUUCAUGGCUUCAAUAUGUAUUUUGUGUAAUGUUGUUUGUCUUAUGAAUUUGCUUUGUGAUUAUUACUUUACUUUAAAUGAAUACUUUCGACA